AUGCAUCGUGCUCUGGCGGAGGUGACUAUUCACCGGCGCAUGGGUCUGCUACGGGUGACACGUCUGCUCCAGUACCCAAACCCUCCCUCUAUAGUCUCCUUACCAAGUGAUGUAGAGGACAUUGAACUAGGAGAUGCUGGGAUCACCCUUAAUUGCACAGCCAUAGGAAAUCCUGCACCUGUGUAUCGCUGGAACUCCACACUUUUGCAAGAGAAGACAGACCAACCAACCAUUGCCUCUGCAUCUCUCAGACCAGGGAGUUAUACCUGUUCUGCCUCCAACAAGCUAGGCAGAGUUUGGAAACACUUCAGUGUCAAACCCAAGCCAAGAGAUGUUCAUCCGCUGGAGCUUCAUCCACCCAAGGUUGUGGUGAGAUAUGGGGAUCCUGUGUCAGUGAACUGCAGCACCUCCACUAAACAUAUUGGCUUAGGCUGGGAGGCCACUGUGGGAGCUGUAGACCUGAGGGACGACGUUAAUGUGAUCACCUGGACAGUUCCAGCGCUGACUGACUGGGUCGUAGAGCCAAUAUGCUACGUCAACACCGAUGAUGAACAGCAGACCAAAACUCUUUCAGUCAUUGUCUAUAAGACUCCAGACAGUGUGUCCAUCAGUUAUGUAAAUCACACAGGCCCAGUGAUGGAGAAGACACAGUAUGAGCUCCAGUGUGACAUUAAGAACAUCGUUCCUGUUCAGAAUCUCACAGUAAGGUGGUACAAAGGACAGACUCUAGUGGACAGUCAAACAUUUACUAAUAACUCCAAGACUCCAGUGAGUGUUCCUGCUCCACUCUUGAUCACUCCCAGUAGAGCUGAUGAUGGAGCUCAGUACUGGUGUGAGGCAGAGCUGGACCUGGGAGCAGAAGGACCUCAACCUCCUCCUGUAGAGAUGUCAGAAACUCUUAACAUCACACACACCGUCUACAUCUAA